GACACAAAAUAUUCUAAAAUUACAACUAAUAUGUAAGGGAGGUAGUAUGAUUUAUAGUUUAAUCAUUCUCGCUCGAGUUCUUUUUGGUGGGACAAUAUUCCCAAUUCAUGCGUGGUCGAGUGGGUUAGUAUAAAUUGACUUUUCAACAACCAAUAAAAGCAUCCAAUAAACAACACUAGCAAAAGGAGCAAGAAAAGAGAGCAACACAUAAAUACAAGUUGAACUCAUAAAAUUAGUUAUCUAAUUACACAAAAAUUUCAACUUUAUGGCUUGUAAACUCUCCAUACUUCUACUAAUUUUCUCCCUUACAUUCUUCAUUAUUACACAAGCUCAUUUAUCUGAAAAAUCCUUCAACAUUAACUUAGCCAAAAAUACACAAAAAUUAACCAAACUUCACUUUUACUUCCAUGACAUACCAAAUGGAAACAACCCUACAGCAGUUAUAAUAGCAAGACCAGCAAACCAAACAACUAUUGGCUUCGGCACCCUAGUCAUGAUCGAUGAUCCUUUAACCGAAGGGCCCGAGUUAAGCUCGAAACUCGUUGGUAGAGCUCAAGGGUUGUAUGGUGAGUCCUCUCAGGGUAAGUCAGGCUCAUUGUUGAUGACCAUAACUUUGUCUUUCACUCAAGGGAAGUAUAAUGGGAGUAGUAUUAGUAUCUUGGGCCGGUAUCGUGUGGUUGAAACCGUAAGAGAAAUGCCUAUUGUUGGAGGCACCGGUGUUUUCCGGCUUGCUCGAGGUUAUGCUUUGGCUAAGACAUACCAGUAUGAUGUUAAAACCGGAGCUGCUAUAUCUGAGUACAAUUUGUUUGUGUUACAUUAUGAUAUUCCCUUAGUUGAAUAAGCUUAUUUUGUUCCAUUUAUAAUGUUUGCAACUUUAUAAAUUUUGAACUUGGAAAGCUUCUAAUGUAUGUUAUGUACUUGGAACUUUAGAAGC